UCUCUCAAAACCUCUUUACAGAAGUAUGCUAUUUCCUCAAGCAUCCUCUACAACUUUCAUGGCCACUAUCCUCGCCUUUUUUCUCUUCCUCUUCUUUCUAUUAUGGAUACUAAGAAGAGCCCAAAUAACUGCUCGUAAAACAACACUUCCACCCGAAGCUGGUGGCGCCUGGCCUAUCAUUGGCCACCUCCACCAAUUGGGAGGGACAAAACCAACCCAUAUAACAUUGGGUAACAUGGCCGAUAAGUAUGGAUCAAUCUUCACUAUCCGGAUGGGCGUACAUCGUGCUCUGAUAGUGAGCAGUUGGAAGAUAGCUAAAGAGUGCUUCACCACAAAUGACAAAGCCUUUGCCAACCGUCCAAAAGCUAUAGCUACAGAACUCAUGGGCUACGACUAUGCCAUGUUUGUGCUUAGCUCAUACGGUCCUUACUGGCGCCAACUGCGUAAAAUAGCCACCCACGAGGUCCUCUCGAACCACCGUCUUGAGAUGCUCAAAGACACCCUAACGUCUGAGGUAAAUUCAUCUAUGAAAGAGAUAUACAAACUGUGCAGGGUCAACAACAACAGCAACAUGUUGGUAGAGAUGAAGAGAUGGUUUGGGACCACAGCCCUAAAUGUUGUAUUGAGGACGGUUGUAGGGAAGCGAUUUGAUGGGACUGCAACCAAGGAGGAGAAUGAAGCUAACGAUCAUUGCCGGAAGUCAUUAAGAGAUUACUUUGACUUGACUGGUGUGUUUGUGGUAUCAGAUGCGCUUCCAUACCUAAGGUGGUUGGACUUGGGAGGGUACGAGAAGGCCAUGAAACAAACUGCAAAAGAAUUGGAUCAUGUGCUCGAGGGUUGGUUAGAAGAACAUAAGCAAAAGAAAGUUUCCGGUGAGGCAAAGGGACACCAAGACUUUAUGGAUGUGAUGUUGUCUAAUGUUACUGACGAGGAAAAGAUCUCCAAUUACGAUGCUGGUACAAUCACUAAAGCUACAUGUCUGUCCCUUAUCUUAGGGGCCACAGACACAACAACAAUAACAUUGACAUGGGCUCUUUCUCUACUUCUGAACAACCGGAAAGCCCUAAAGAAAGCACAACAAGAGUUAGAUGUCCAGAUUGGCAAGGAGAGACAAGUAAAGCAAUCAGACAUGAAAAACCUGGUCUAUCUCCAAGCAAUCCUCAAAGAAACAAUGCGUUUAUACCCUCCCGGACCGCUCUCUAUCCCGCACGAGUCCUCAGAAGAUUGCACUUUGGCUGGCUACCACAUUCCAGCGGGCACGCGACUCCUUGUUAAUCUUUCAAAGAUCCAACGAGACCCACAUGUGUGGUCUGAUCCAAAUGAAUUUCGGCCAGAAAGAUUCCUUACAACCCAUAAGGAUGUUGAUGUUAGGGGCCAGCAUUUCGAAUUGAUACCAUUUGGUGCCGGUAGAAGAGUGUGCCCGGGAAUCUCGUUUGGGUUGCAAGUUAUGCAACUCACACUUGCCUCCUUGUUGCACGCUUUCGAAAUUGCGACACCGUUAGAUAAGCCCGUGGACAUGACUGAGAAAGUCGGAGUUACCAACCUGAAAAUUACACCACUUGAAGUCCAUCUCACUCCUCGCCUUCCUGCUCAACUAUAUGCAUGGUUUGAUUAGAUAUUCUGUGCAGGGAUUUUUCCCUUAUGUUUUUCUUUUUACAUUUUGGGUAAUUGGGGUUGUACUUUUUUGUCACGUACGUGCAUGGCCAGAAUCAUACGCGAUCAACGAGGCGUAGAAGUGCAGUAGAUCGAAGAACUCAUGGAAUAAGAGGACAUCUCCUGAUGCAGCAGAAUUCUAGAAAAAGAGGAUAUGUCCUCAGUAGUUACCCGAUGUCAGUCAUCUAGCUACUCUGUUUUUAUCACGGUGCAUGUCUUGUAACGCUUAUUUAAAAGAAUUAAUGAAUAAUAUUUUUAAA